UUAUAUAUACCCACUGCAAGGCUUUAUAAUUGCAUUUUGGUUAGUAUAGAUAGAUAUUCUGUCAAAAUGAUGGUGUUACUUGUGUUAUCGUGCCUCUGCUACAUGGGAUCUUCCACACCUCUAAAUGCCCAGCCAGCCCCUCCUCUGGAAUCUCACCUAUCCCCGAGGGUCCAUGGUGCAGCCGAGGCCACGGAAACACAAACACAAGCCCCUCUAGCUCCUAUUGUGGAACAGCCUCAGCCUUCCUCGCAGCCGCUGCCCAGUCCCCAGCUCCUGCCUCCUCUGCAGCAAUACCCCUGGGGUCCACUGGGGGGCACUCCACUGAUUUUCCCUUACCAGCCUAAUGUAGUUGGAUCUCAGCCAGUUGCAAAUCCACCUGGAAUGCCUAUGCAGCCUUUGGUCUUUCCGUCUUUUGGAUACUUGCCAAUGUUUCCUCCAUAUACCAACCAGAUGCUCUCUCCAUACAGGCUCCCCGAAGCCCCUCUCCCACAAGCACCAGCCAAUCCGGCGCCAAAUGCAUUACCAGUAGAAACGUCCCUCACAGCCGCCCCUGGAGGAGAAGUGCUGCAGGUGCAACAACAACAGCAACAGCAACAACAGGUGCUUCUGUGGGUCUAG